AAAACCACUUAGCAGAGAGUUGCUUGGUCCCAACAGCUCAAGCUUUGUCAGGUUGUCAAUUCAGGGGUGAUGUUGACUGACCUCUAUUUAUUCUUCUUCAAAGAAUGAUAAAACCCCCCCUCUCCAUUUCUUCACUACUGCUUGGUUCAUAUCUCCUGAAAAAAUGGCUUCUUUGGGGAUUCUUCUAAUUGGGUUUGUGUUUAUGCUCUCUUCUGUUAAUGGCUAUUAUUAUGCUGGUUGGUCCAAUGCUCAUGCAACCUUCUAUGGAGGUGGUGAUGCUUCUGGGACUAUGGGUGGGGCUUGUGGCUAUGGAAAUCUAUACAGCCAAGGCUAUGGGACUAACACAGCAGCUCUAAGCACUGCUUUGUUCAACAAUGGCUUGACUUGUGGAGCAUGUUAUGAGCUCAGGUGUGUAAAUGACCCACAGUGGUGCCUCCCUGGCACCAUUGUGGUCACUGCCACAAACUUUUGCCCGCCGGGGGGUUGGUGCGACCCUCCGCAGCAACAUUUUGAUCUCUCUCAGCCCGUCUUCCUAAAGAUUGCUCAGUACAGGGCCGGAGUUGUCCCUGUAUCAUACAGAAGGGUGAGAUGCAGGAGAGCAGGAGGAAUAAGGUUCACAGUGAAUGGACACUCAUACUUCAACCUAGUGCUGGUGACCAACGUCGGUGGUGCUGGAGAUGUCCAAUCUGUGGCCAUUAAAGGCUCGAGAACCCGGUGGCAAUUGAUGUCAAGAAACUGGGGCCAAAACUGGCAGAGCAAUUCUUACCUCAAUGGACAAAGCCUCUCUUUUCUUGUCACAACCAGCGAUGGCCGCAAAUUGGUUUCUUACAAUGUUUCUCCUCCCAAUUGGUCAUUUGGUCAGACAUACACAGGAAGACAGUACCGCUAUUAAGUACGUACUUGAUGAAAAUCUCUAGCUAGCUAUGUGCUUAGUAUUGAAGCUACUUUUCCACUUUGUUAAGUUAUAUGGAGUAAGUUUGCUGAAGCUGAAGCUAUAAGAAGGUUAAAACGAGAAGGGCUUGUUUUGAAGUAAGUGGCCCUUUUCCAGUUGAAUUCUGGUUUUUGCAGUUCAAGGCUGUUGAAGACAGAAAUAGAGAGAGAUUGUGUUCAUGCUUUAAUUUAGGGCAGUUUGGUAUUGGAAUUUCACUACCUGCUGCUAAUUCAUGAAGUCAUCACUAUAUUUAGAAGAGUUGUUUAGUGUUCAGUAAUGCUAUAGCAAAAGCCAUAAUUAGGCAUAUUUGAUAAUUGCUUUGUGUAAUGCUACUGUAAUAAACUUGGGCUGCUUAUAUAUAAUGCAUGCACCUUUUUCAUUGAGAAAUUAAAA